AUGCAAACGAUUUUUUUUUUUUCAAUAAUAAAAAUAAUAAAAAAAUUUAAUAAAAUUAAUCGGCAAGGUCGAGUAAAUCAAUUAGGAGGCGUUUUCAUAAAUGGUCGACCUCUUCCAAAUCACGUGAGGCUUAAAAUAGUGCAAAUGGCUUCGGCGGGUAUCAGACCGUGUGCGAUAUCGCGACAACUUCGGGUAUCACACGGUUGCGUGUCGAAAAUUCUUAAUCGUUAUCAGGAAACAGGAAGCGUGAGACCGGGGGUCAUUGGGGGUAGCAAACCUAGAGUCGCAACUCCAGAAGUAGAGAAAAGGAUCGAAGAUUACAAAAAAUCAAAUCCGGGAAUAUUCAGCUGGGAAAUCAGGGAUAAAUUAAUAAAGGAAGGAAUCUGUGAUAAAAAUAGCGCGCCUUCAGUAUCAUCAAUCAGUAGAUUGUUAAGAGGAGGAAGACGAGAUGAAAAUGAUCCUAGAAAAAAUCAUUCAAUUGAUGGAAUAUUAGGUCCCAGCAGUGGAGAAGAAUCAGAAACUGAAACAGAACCUGGGAUUCCUCUUAAAAGAAAACAAAGAAGAAGUAGGACGACAUUCACUGGAGAACAAUUAGAAGAACUCGAAAGAGCUUUUCAAAGAACUCAAUAUCCGGAUGUUUACACUCGCGAGGAAUUAGCGCAAAAAACUAAACUGACGGAAGCCAGAGUCCAAGUUUGGUUUAGCAACAGGCGCGCAAGACUACGAAAGCAAAUGAAUAGUCAGCAAUUAAACGCAUUUAAUUCAAUGUCGCUUCAAACGUCAUUUCCGUCUCAGUAUUCCGUUCCCGAUCCAACGGCUAAUUUCACUUCUCAGACACCUUCUUGGGCGCAACAAAGCGCGGUUGCUGCCGGAUACGCUGCUGGCGCUCUUGGCAAUUACAAUGGAUCCCCAUAUUCUACGACUACGGUGACUUCGGGGGAUCCGAAUUCUUCAUUACCUGCCAAUGCGCCAUCGCCAUCUUCUUCGCAUCCCCAAUUUCCAGUUUAUCAUCAAACUGCUGCCACGAUGAUGGGAAGUAAUCCUUGCGCGGUAGGAGUCGGUGCUCACCACCAGGGCACUCCCUGGACCAGACAUCACACCGCCGCUCCUACAGCAUCAACAAAAGACGUCACUUCCGCUUGGACCGAUAAUUACAGUUAUUCCGCGACGUGA